AUGGCAACUUUGAAGGCAAAUUUUUCUCUCUUCCCUUCAUUCUUUCCUAAUGUGCCUUCUUCCCGAAGGGUCUCCUCUUCUUGGAAAAGAAACUACUCGGCAUCUACUACUUCAGGUUCUUUCUACUGCAAGUUGACACAAUUUCCCUCAUCUUCUGCUUCACAAUUGAAACCAUCUCUCAUACACAGUGAUGAAUCUUCUUCCAAUACAGGAUUAGCUGGUUUUGGGGCUAGUAGUAAUGGAACAAAAGGCAUUGAAGAACUGGUCCAGCGGGUGCGGAGAGACAUGUUUAUAAACUCAGGUGACCCCAUGAGAAAUUUGAAGCUGGUUGACACCCUUCAAAGGCUGGGCAUUGCGUACCAUUUUGAUGAGGAGGUUAAUGCAGUCUUAGAUGAUGUGAUGUCGAGAAGAAAAAGGAAAAACGAAGAGGACGACCUCUUUGUUACUGCUCUUCGCUUCAGAUUACUCAGACAGAAUGGCUACCAUGUAUCUCCAGAUGAUGCGUUUCACAAGUUCAUCAACAAGGAAGGGAAAUUCCAGGAGGCAUUAAGCAAUGAUAUAGUAGGGAUGCUAAGUUUGUAUGAAGUUUCCUACUUAGGUGCAAAAGGAGAGGAAAUAUUAUCAGAGGCCAUGGAAUUCACCAAAAAUAACUUGAGAACAUCAAUGCCGAAUUUGGAUCUUCCUCUUGCUAGAGAAGUUGGAACAGCCUUGGAGGUCCCCAGGCACUUAAGGAUGGUAAGGUUAGAAGCUAGAAGGUAUAUUGAUGAAUAUGCCCUGAAAACCGCAGGAAGCACAGUUCUUGUAGAGCUUGCAAAGUUGGAUUUUAACAACAUUCAAUUGCUACACCAAAUGGAAUUGGCAGAAGUAAUCAGGUGGUGGAAAGAAUUAGGGCUUGUUGAGAAGCUAAGCUUUGCGCGGGAUCGACCAUUGGAGUGUUUCCUAUGGACUGUUGGAAUAUUUCCAGACCCAUGGCACUCAAAAUGUCGAAUUGAGCUAACAAAAACAAUCGCCAUCUUAUUAGUCAUUGAUGACAUCUUCGACUCAUAUGGAUCAAUAGAAGAACUUGUUCUCUUCAAUAAUGCAAUUCAAAGAUGGGAUCUUGAAGCAAUUGAACAACUUCCUGAAUACAUGAAGAUAUGUUAUAUGGCUUUGUUUAAUACUACCAACGAGAUUGGCUAUAGAGUCUUUAAAGAACAUGGAUGGAGCAUCAUCCCUCAUUUGAAGAGAACGUGGAUAGAUAUGUUUGAAGGAUUUCUAGUUGAAGCUAAAUGGUUUAACAAGAAAUAUGUGCCUACACAAGAGGAACAUUUAGUAAAUGGAGUUACCACAGCAGGGACAUAUAUGGCCUUAGUGCAUGCUUUCUUUCUUAUGGGAGAAGGAGUUACAAAGGAAACCAUCAAGAUGAUGGAGCCUUAUCCCAUGAUAUUCUCCCAUUCAGGAAUGAUCCUUCGGCUUUGGGAUGAUUUGGGAACAUGGAGGGAGGAGCAAGAAAGGGGGGAUGUGGCAUCAAGCAUAGAAUGUGCAAUGAGAGAACACAUUAAUAUUUCAUCGGUAGAUGAAGCAUGUGAUUACAUACGACAACUCAUUCACAACUUAUGGACUGAACUCAAUGGGCAGUUAGUAGCUCCAGAAGGGUUGCCUUUAUCAAUCAUUAAAGCGUCAUUGAACCUCUCAAGGACUUCCCAAGUUAUUUAUCAACAAGGAUAUGACAACAAUGCUUCAACCGUCGAAGAUAAUAUACAAUUAUUGCUCUUUAGACCCAUUCCCUGAAGAAAUACUCUUUCUCUUUUGCUGAUUUGUCAACUUAUGCAUUGCCAAGUUG